CACAUUAUAGCACACACAGGUAAAUCUACCUGCAUAUGUGUACAUGUAUUUAUAAUUAGGAGCUUAUUUUGAGUGCAUACCUGGACUAUUUUAGGACUAAAACCAUACGAUGGAGGAAGAAGAAGAAAACUUUGUCCUGACGGCACUAUUCAACGCCACAGAGGAGGCAAACAUCGAAGGAAUCCAAGAGCUCCUCAAAAAUGUCACCAACUUUGAUAUUAAUCAAACCAACAAGCAUGGGGAAUCAGUGCUUCAUAUAGCCGCCAGUGGAGGUCAUAUUGAGAUCAUCGAGUUACUUCUUACCAAGGGAAUCAAUCUCAGCGCCAAAGACAAACAUGGAGACAGUGCAGUAUUUUGGGCCGCUAGGCAAGGUCAGGUCAAGGUCAUUGAAUAUUUAAAAUCACAGGAUGUCUCGCUUGAUACGCAGAAUAAAUCCGGGGAAGCCCCAAUACAUGUCGCGGCUAGAUACGGUCAUACUCAUGUCGUGGAAUAUCUGGCAGCAGCAGGGGCCGACAUCAAUAUCCAAGACAAGCUGGGUGAAACAUCCCUCCACAAUGCUGCAUGGCAUGGUGUUCCACAAUUGUGCAUGGUCCUAUGUGCAGCAGGAGCAGAUAUGGACAGAAAGACACAGGAGGAAGAGACUCCAUUACAUUGCGCUGCAUCCCGUGGGAACCUAGAAUGUGUCAAAGUGCUUGUUGACUCAGGGGCGAGGCUUGACUUGACAGACAAACGAGGCUGCACGGCGCUUCACAUGGCAUGCAGACGUCACCACAUUAAUAUUGCACUGACGCUGAUUCACGGUGGUGCUUCCCUUGACAUGCAAGAUAUCGGAGGCGAGACUCCUCUACACCCAGCUGCGAAAGAAGGCCUACUACCUAUCGUUCAAACUAUGUGUGCCUUUGGGUGUAAAGUUGACUUAUGUAACAAAGGAAGUGGUACAGCGUUACAUCUUGCCUCAAGGUCGGGACACAUAGAGGUCGUUAGGUGUCUUAUGCUGGCGGGAGCCGAUUCUGAUCGACCUAAUAAGGAUGGUAUAACUGGUGAGAUUAUGGCGUUAGCACAGGGGCAUACUGACAUUGCAACUUUACUGGCACGCAUGAAACCAGAUUUUAAAGAGGGCUAUAUAAGCCAAUUGUGUCCAACAAAGAUUCCUCUCGGAAGAAUUAAACUGAAGAUAUUUGGACACAGUAAUGUUGGAAAAACCACCUUGAUUGAAUCGUUAAAAUGUGGCUAUAUUUCUGGAUUUUUCCGCAAGUCCAGUUGGACAAGAGCCAGCGGCAAUUCAAUGCCGAGUAAUAAUAAUUUAACAACGAAGGAAAAAGGUGCUGAGAAUGGAAUUCACCGUCACAACAGUUUACCGUCACAACUCUCAUUUGACGUCUUGAAUAGUAACUACACAAAAGGAAUUGAUGUCCAACAUAUCAGCCUCACAGGUGCAGGAGAUUUCACCGUCUGGGAGUUUUCUGGAUAUGAACCUUACUACAUGAUGUAUGAUCACUUCAUCGGAGACUCAAAUUGCAUCCAUUUUGUUUUAUUCAACCUGGAUGAGCCAAUAGAAGUCCAGCGUGCACAGUCCAUGUAUUGGCUGCAUUUUAUACGGUCUCGGGUCCCGCCCCAUGAACCAAUAGGUCAGUUUGGUACAAUAUCGAACAAAGCCCAUGUUAUAUUAGUAGCAACCCAUGCAGACAAAGUUGGUUGCUCGCGAAACAUCCGUGGUGAAUUUGUCAGCAACGAUGCCUCUUUAAUCCAUAGUGAGGCUGUACAACAAUUUGGCGCAGAUUUCGAAAUCUGCGAUCAAGUUUUUGUCGUAGACAGCAAUGUUGCUACAUCUGCAGAAAUGAAGGCCUUGAAAAAUAAACUUGCUGUCAUAAAAACACAAAUUGUUAAGACUCUUCCAACGGUGAAUGGUUUCUUAGAUGCAGCAGUUGUGCAGCUACAUGCCUGGUGCAAGGAGACCGCUUUCUUCCCCGUAAUGCCAUGGCACGACUUCGCUGAACAAAUAAGGUCAAAGGUCAACCCACUCGCCAGCGAUGAUCAUUUGAGAGAGAUAGUACAGAAUUUGCAGUUAAUGGGAGAGGUUAUAUACAUCGAAGGAGAAAUAGAUCAAGAUUUGGUUGUCGUUAACCCACAAUGGUUAUGCACAGAAAUUUUGGGACAGUUGUUAUCGCACGAAAAGAUCAUGCAGUCACGCGUAACUGGAUGUUUUACUGCGGAUGAUUUUCAGUUGAUGUUCCCAGAGGUUGAAGCCACUGAUAUGUUGACAGUACUCGAAGCAUUGGAGAUUUGCACCCAGUGUGAAAAUGAUGGGGAUAUCGAGUAUGAAUUCCCCUGUUUGAAUUUUAUUGAAACCCUGCAUGGUUUGUGGGAUAAGGAUGUCCGAACUUUACCGAACCCUGUUUAUGGUGGCGUCAGGGUUCAAGCUCUUGCCGGGAUGAGUAACCAAAUGGUUCACAUUUUCCCGAGAUUACAGAUUCAUUUACGACGUAUGCUGAUACAAGAAGGUCCGGAAACUGAAAGCGACCUCUAUCAAUGGUACCAUGGAACUAAAUAUUGCACGGCAAAUCUUGAAUGUCUCCUAACCAUGGAGAUGAGUGAUCAAGCAAUUGAAAUCAAAGUUCGCGGACCAGAUACUAAUGCGAGUCAUGCAUUUUAUUUGCUGGAUGAAAUGAGUACUUUGACAGAACAUAUUUUGAAUGAAAUGUGCCCGGGAAUGUUAUACGAGAAACAUUAUCUGAGUCCGUUGCAAUUGAAGGAACAUAAGCGAAAACCCCAUAGCUACACCCCCCAUGAUUUAAUCGCUAAACAGUUAGAAAAUUAUACAAAACUUUCUCUGCCUGAUACGGAAAUUACGGAAGAACUGAAAGAUGUACUAUGUUAUGGAUCAACGGAUAUCCAAUCAAACGUAACAAUGGGAGUCGACUUACAUGUUUCUCAUUUAUCGUUGAAUACACGAAGGGAAUUCAGUAAAUUACUUGACCGUCCUGAUCCCAUGGGAAGAGAUUGGUGUCUGUUGGCCGUUAAACUUGACUUGGCAGACACACUUCCUUCCCUUGACGCCCCUGGGCGGAAUCAAAUACAAUCACGCACUGAUAAAACCCUCGAGGAAUGGGCCCGAGAUCAUGACAACACAAUCGGAAAGCUACUUUUCAAAUUGAAGGAUCUUGGAAGACAAGAUGCCGUUGAUAUUGUAACAAAAACAAUGCCGCCAAUGAAGGUUUUUCCUCCAGAGGGCGCUGUAAGUCCUGAUGAAGGAGUGGACACGGAACACAAUGGGGAAGCAACGUCAGAGGUUCCUUCUAAUAAUUCCUCAACGACACUGUCACGAUAAUCCCCCAUAAUGCAAUGCAGUUUUUAAAAGGUGCCGAAUGGAGUUUUGUCAGCACAUAAAAUAGAUGAAAACCCCCAAAAUGCAAUUUUCACAAACUUCUAGUGCUUUAAAAUUGUUUAUAAAAUAUUUAAAUUAAAUGAAAAUGUGUCACUUCUAAAGAAAACAUAAUGCAAUUAUAACAAAAAUGCUUUGUAAAUACAAUUAUAAUUAAUGUAUGAAUGAAUGUACAGAGUAUUCGAUAUUGUGUGUUUUAUUUGAUACGAAACAUGUUGAAGAACAGUCUGGACAUAGGAGACAACUAUUUAAGCCUAGAAAAUAUACUGCCAUUUAAAUUUUGUGAUUUUCCCAAUUAAUGAGCGUUUUUCACAGUUUUACUUAUUCACUCAAUUUGGUGUGCAUUUCAAUCAAAAGGUGCCCUGAUUUACUCAAACAAAGGUACAUGUACACAAAAAUUAAAAUGUGACCAAAAUAUUUUGCACAAAGAAAUUUUUUGGUGUGUGGUAGUUAUGCAUGUGGUAAACUAUGAAUUACUGUUAUUUGACCAUAGUGGCAACUGGGACGGUGUUUUACUAUCUCAGUUUGCAGCCAUUUUGUUUUGGUUUAAACAGUUGCUUCUUAAACUUGGCUUUCAUGUUAAAGGCAUACAAUCAACCAAUCAAAUUCGAGCAUAUCUAUCAUCAUAAUCUUAUCAUAUGAGAGACUGUAUAUACCAUUUUAUACUUUAUAUUGUUCAUGUAUGUACUGUAUAUGUAUACCUCCUUUGUGCAGUAAUGGAACCCUUUUAAAAUAUAUUAUUACUGAAAAUGUAUGAUGUAUUUGAUAUAAGAUACAUGUAAAUUAAAUUAGCUUAAGAGAGUAAGAAUACAAAAUGUGGUCCAUGAGAGUGUUUGUAGAAGAAUGUUAGAGAGAAUGUUACUAUGACAACAAGAAAACAACUAGAUUUAAAGGCAGGAUCAGACCUACACAAUGAUAUGAGGCAAUCAAAUUGUAAAAUUGAAACACUCGGAUGAAACAUUUUCUAGCUGGAUCUGUUUCUACCUCUUACUAGCCUCCUUUUUAUUUGCACAACAUCCUGCCCUCCAUCGCGAUAGCUGCACCCCCUCUAAAGUGACUCUCGAACGGCAGAUAAGAGGGGCUCUGGCAUACCAGAAUGCCUGCACUCCAUUUAUUGUGUUUAUUUU